UCUUCGUAUGUGGUGUCUCUGUUUCGUUCUCUUCAUACCACUCUCUUACUCCGGCACCGCCAACGAGCGCGACGACGCGGCGACGGCGAUGACGACGAAACUGUUGUCAAAGAUUCAGUCUUGUCAUUCUGGUUUUCUCCUGUUGGCGGCGACAGCAGCAGCGCAUCCGUUUUCCGCGAUUUCCGAAAGAUUUUCAAAGUGUUAAAAUGGCUGGCAAAAGAACCCUCGACGCAUAUUUCAUAAAACCGAAUAAAAGUAAGUGAGCUAUUUUAAAGGUAAACGCAUUUUUUAAUGCUCAAAGUUAUUUUAGGAGAUGAGACGGAAGAAUCUUUGAACCAUCCAAAUAUGGCUUCCACCUUCACGGGGCCAGCAGCAUCGGCGAGCGCUGAAAACCCGAUCAAUUUGAUGGGCCCGGCUCCGUCAUCAUCACCAUCCAAACGAAAGAGAUCGGUAAAGGAGAACAAAAAACCUGUUUUGCAAAAGUACAAGGAAGAGUGGGCUGCUGUCGGUGAUUUUAAGUGUUUUUCCAAGUACGAAAAUGAUCCGUUUUACGCUUGGUGCAAAAUUUGCUUGGACAGACUGAAUAUCAGCCGGGGAGGAAAAUCCAAUCUUACAACCCACCUUCAAACGAAGCGUCAUCAGGAAGCGGCUACGAAAAUUUUGACGGAAGAGAAAGAAAACAUGAGCCAGUAUACAUACCCGGAGAAACUGAUGGAGGCGGAAAUCAAGCUCUGCGCGUGGGCGGUGGAAAACAACGUUUCGUUUGCGGCGGUUGAUAGUUUGGUGUCCGUUCUGAAGACUAUGGAUCCUGAUUCUGCUGUUUUCUCCAAGCUCAAGCUGGGACGGACCAAGGCUGGGGCAGUUGUGGAUGGCGUACUAGCACCCGUGCAACAUGACGAACUCGUUGGGAAGAUGCGGAAACAGAACUUUUCAUUGAUGAUCGACGAAUCCACCGAUAUCAGUACCGCGAAGACCUUGGCGAUGGUGGUAAGACUACUGGAAGACGACACGGAUAAAUUUCAGGUUUGUGAUACAGUAUAUACGAUCGUGGAGUUGAAGGCUUGUGAUCAUCGAUCAAUUUACAAUGCUAUAAUCGAUGAAUUCAAAAAAGAUAAUAUUGAUUACAAAAAGCGGCUGAAGGGGUUCGCCUCGGACGGGGCAUCUGUUAUGAUGGGUUCCCAAAAUUCAGUGAUGAAGCUUUUGAAGAACGACUGCCCAGAUCUUAUCGUUGUAAAAUGUACGUGUCAUUCUCUAGCGCUCUGUGCAAGCUAUGCUUGUGAAGCUUUACCUCCAUAUGUAGAACAGUUGUUGCGGGACAUUUACAGUUAUUUGUCCCACAGCCCCAAACGUUCCGCUGAAUUCAAAACUAUUCAAGAGAUCCUAGAACUGGAUCCGCUUAAAAUGUUGCAUCCUUCUCAAACGCGAUGGCUAUCUCUAGAAGCGGUGGUCAGUCGCAACUUAGAGCGAUUAUCGGAGUUGAAAUUGUUCUUUUCAUUCCAACAAAAUUAUGAUCAGAACCAAACUGCCAGGAGAAUUUUGACGCACUUGAACGAUCCCAUGACAAAGCCUAUCCUUGAAUUUCUUAAUUACGUUCUUCCAUUAGUAAACAGGUUGAACAGGAAAUUUCAGUCAGAAGCUUCAGAGUACAUCGGAAUUUAUGGAGAAAUGAAAGCAUUUUAUCUGCUACUCCUGAACAAUCUUUGCGGUGAUAAGUAUAUUAAAAAUUUGAGGAAUAUUAAUGCGCCUGAUUUUGAAGAAAACCAGUGUUGCCACAUUUAA